CCCUACUUUUGACUCUCCAAACAUGGCCUGCUUUACUGCUUGUUGUUUCCAUGCUGCUUCAAACCACAAGAAACUCAUAAAGCCCACCAAUAAUGACCCCCUCCCUUCUUCCAAAAAACAGUGUCUUCGCAGUCUCCUCGAAGCCGAUGAUGAGAGUGAAAUUAUUACUAUGAAAUCAUCUCACAUUCUGAAUUCCAAAGAUGAAGAAGAGAAAGGCACAUUUGCUUUGGAUUGUAACCAAGAAGAGGAUGAAGUGGCCGAGAAAGGGAAUGAGAAGGAUGAAGGCUGCAGUGACGGUGAACCAGAGAUCAGACGAAAUCAAGAAUUGGUUGGAGAAAUUCAACCUGGGCUCUGUGGUUUUCUGCGCAUUCGGGAGCGAAUGGAUUCUCGAAAAGGGCCAAUUCCAAAAGCUAGUUCUUGGGUUUGAAGACACAAAUCUGCCAUUUCUGGUGGCCGUAAAGCCACCUAAGGGGACAAACUCGGUGGAAGAAGCCUUCCAGAAGGGAUUCCAAGAAAGGCUGGCCAACGAAUUCGCAAAACGAGGCCACACCGUCUCGUUCUUACUGCCCAAAACGGCUCGCCUCAGACUAUCAAACGCAAAUCUUCAUCCCCGCCUCAUCACCUUCCGCACUCUCUCCGUACCUCACGUUAAAGGUCUCCCUUAUGGCGCCGAGACAACAUCUGAUACGGACAACUCAUUAGCGCUGUCAUCAGCCAUGGAUGAAAUGCAGGAGCAAGUGAAGGCGGUGCUUGCGGAAGAGAAGAAGCCAGACAUCAUAUUCUUCGAUUUUGCGAAUUGGAUCCCGAAUUUAGCCUCGGAGAUAGGCUGCAAGGCAGUGUUUUUCAGUGUCGUAAGCCCUGCGAUAGCUGCAAUCACUCUGCUGAUCUCCACAAGCAAAGAGAAGCUGUUGACAGUGUCUGAUGUAAUGGAAUAUCUCCCGAAUUACCCUUCUUCCAAUGCGCCUGUUCUUCGCAAAAAUGAAGCACGAGCCUUAGCAGUGUAUGCUAAUCAACCAAACAACUGGAUGAUAGAGUUCCUUAGCAAGGGUGUGAUAGGAGCCAAACAGAGUGAUGCAUUGGCAGUGAGAGCCUGCAGAGAAAUGGAAGGGGCCCACUGCGACCACCUCUCGGUGCUGUAUAAGAAGCCAGUGUUUUGCACAGGUCCUCUCUUCCCUGAGCCUACGGAUGAGCCACUUGAUGACAAGAUUUCGAAUUUUCUCAAGAAAUUCGGUUCUGCUUCUGUGGUUUUCUGUUCAUUUGGGAGUGAACUUUUUCUUGAUUUUUCCCAAUUCCAAGAACUGGUUCUAGGCCUUGAGCUCACAGGGCUACCCUUUCUUCUGGCUGGAACUAAGCCACCAAAAGGGACAACCUCAAUCCAAGAUGCCUUACCAGAGGGAUUCCAAGAAAGGGUAAGAGAAAAGGCGGUGUUGUACGAAGGGUGGGUCCCGCAGACUCAGAUUCUAAGGCACACAUCAAUUGGAUGCUUUGUGAGCCACGGCGGUUCGGCAUCAAUGUGGGAGUCCAUAGUGAGUGAUUGCCAGAUAGUGUUCGUGCCGACUAGGGGAGACUAUUGUAUGAAUUCCAGGCUCAUGGCUGUGGAGCUUCAGCUUGCAGUGGAGGUGGAAAUGGAUGAAAAUGGUGGGUUUUCAAAAGAGAGCCUUAGCAGAGGUGUCAAGGCAGCCAUGGGUGAUGAUAGCGAGGUGGGAGGCCAGCUGAAGAAGAACCAUAAGAGGUGGAGGGAUGUGUUUCUGAGCAACGGAUUUGCUGACAAUUACAUAGGCAAAUUCAUUCGUGAUUUAGAGAAGCUUUUGUGAGGUUAGAAAAUUAAAUGAAUGACCCUUGAGUCUAUGGAGAAAGUCUAAGCAACAAACUAGUUUGCUUUUAUGUAAGUAGUUUUUUUAUGCAAGUCCCUCUAUUGUAUUUCAUGUAUGACUGUGUUAGUGUGUUUGGCUAUCAUAAUAAUGUUAUAAUUAGGAGAUUUGAGAUUUUCUGGAUCAUUUUUUAAGCUCUCAAUAUUUUAAGUUUAGGUAUAUAAUUCAGUCAAAGUUGCCAUAAUGAAAAAGAAACUCCUAAACAUGGG